CGAUAUUUUCUCUCAUUUUUUAAUAAUUCUGAAUUAUCAAGUACCAAUUGGUUACUUUAGAAACUACGGAGUAGAAUUUACUAUACCUCCCAGCCUCUCCAACCCCGGCCGCACGGUGAUCGGCGCAUUCUUAUCUGCCGGAAAAAAACUUGACUCCAAUCCCGUCCCCUUCUAAUCCUAACUGAUUCGGAUCUGUUCAACUUCAGGCACUUGUCCUUGGCGUUUUCUAGCAUUGCCCGAGCGUGCAUGUGUUCCGCACGCGAUUCCUCACAGGUCCAACUACCUGAUGGAGUACCACCAUUUAUACAUAUCAAUCAAAAUGAUUUCUUAGGGCGGAAAACUAAAAAAAUUAAAGAUGAGGAUCUUGCUAUUUGCUUAUGCAAGUAUGAACACGGUGAUCCUGAAAGUGCAUGUGGAGAAGGGUGCUUGAAUGUAUUAACCAGCACUGAAUGCACACCUGGAUACUGCCCUUGUGGCGAUUAUUGCAAGAAUCAGAGAUUUCAGAAAUGUGAAUAUGCCAAAACGAAGUUGUUCAGAACUGAUGGCCGUGGGUGGGGUCUUCAUGCUGAUGAGAAUAUAAAGGAUGGACAAUUUAUAAUUGAAUACUGUGGGGAAGUAAUAUCGUCAGAAAAAGCGAGGAAAAGGUCUCAAACUUAUGAAAAUCAGGGCCUUAAGGAUGCAUAUAUAAUCUCUCUAAAUGCAAAUUAUUUCAUCGAUGCUACAAGGAAGGGAAGCCUGGCAAGGUUUAUUAAUCAUUCAUGCCUACCAAAUUGUGAAACAAGGAAGUGGACAGUUUUAGGAGAAACAAGGGUUGGUAUUUUUGCCAAGCAAGAUAUUUCCAUAGGAAUUGAGCUCACAUAUAACUACAACUUUGAAUGGUAUGGCGGUGCUACCGUCCGCUGUCUCUGUGGAGCGCCAAAGUGCUCAAUAUUUCUUGGCGGAAAGUCUCAUGGUUUCCUGGAAUAUAACCAUGUGUGGGAAGAGGGAGAUGACAGAUACCCAGUUGAUGAAAUUCCCCUGUAUGACUCUGGAGAGGAUGAAAAUCUUAUCAAGAAAGCCAGAAUUCAAACUGAUUGUGAAUCUAAACCAAUGGACAGUGAGAGUAAAGUCUACCCUGAAAGUGGAAUGGUUAGUUUUAAAGAAGAAUACGAACAUAUCUCAGAGCCAAGAGUUUCCUUGGAUCCCGUGGAUGAUGUUGUACCAGGGAAAGAACUGUAUCCUACUGAUUUGCAAGACGGAUGUAUACCUCGUCGGAAUAAUACUGCUGGAGUUGGUCCAAUAAAGAACACAGUGAAACAUUCCCUCAAACAAAAGGCCAAGUCUUCUGGACGAAAACAAGUAACGUCCGAAAAUAUUGCUAAACUGUUUCCAUCCAAGGAAUCAAUGGAAGAAAUUAUGAAGUAUGAGGAAAUGAGAAAUCAGGCGAAUUCAACACUCAAUUCCUUGUAUGAUGAAAUUCGCCCCGCCAUUGAAGAAUAUGAACGGGAUAGCCUGGACAAUGUGCCUACCAGUGUUGCAGAGAAGUGGAUUGGAGCAUCGUGCUUUAAAAUGAAAUCCGAUUUUGAUUUUUUCUUCUCCGUGGUUAAGAACAUCAUGUGCCCUCAACAAAUGACCAACACUGAGGUGAAGGAGGAAGAUGACGAUAAAUCAUUUGAAGUGAAGAUGUUGACAAGUUAAAAAUGCCAUGUCUCAUGUGCCCUCAAAUCGCCGCUCUUCAUUUUAUCGAUUGAGCUCAAAAUACGGAGUACGUAUGUUUGUUAUGCCAGUCGCAUUUAUCUCGGAUUACAAUUCCUUUGUAUUACCAAUGAUUGUGUUUGGUUUGAUGGGGUUCAUUUGCAACUCUGGGUUUUGUUCAUCUUGACUCUUGAGCUUUAGUUGAGCUUG